UUGUGUGUUUCCGUGUUUGUUUGUUUGGUUGGUUGGUAUUUGGGUAGUGUUCGUGGGGGCACCGCAUGAGAGGGGAGGGCAGGGCAGGGCAGAGGAGAGGAGAGGACAGAGAGAAACUGGGGACUGGCUGACUGACUGACUGCUCGUCCUGCCACUCCUGCUCAUGCAUUAUGUCAUAUGCACUCACGCUCUGCUUCCUUCCUUCUUAUGGCCCCCUUUCUUGAACCCCCAUUUUGCGAGAUAGUUACUCUCUCCCACCGUGACAGUCUGCCUUACCCAUCGCGUGCUCACUCCCUCAACCCCUUCGAUGGACGGUGAUUUCUCUUCUCAAUUAGCAUAAUUGGCCGUUGCGUAGUUUGCUUGCUGGUGGGAAGGCCUCUUCGUGCACAGAAGCGUCACCCUCGCAGUCGCCAACUUCAUCUCUUCCACGCGGUCACCAAUUCCCCUUUGAAGCCCGGGCAUUGCAGAUUCAACGCUGAUGCUCCAUUUUUCUAGGAUCUGUAUUGUCAUUCAGUCGCCGAUAAAAAAUUCCUGAAGCUCUAUACAGUGAUCAACUUGCUGGGUUAAGUCUGUUAAUCCUAGGCUGGGAUCGCCUCCAUUCACUUACCGUGUGCUGUUGUACGUCGAGGUGGAGGGAUGGCGGAUGCAUCGCUCUGAGUGGGAUGAUUGGGGGGUAUAGAAAUAGUAGCGUUGCACGUGGAGGGUCGAUUGAAUCAAGCUGAUGCAGGUCGAAGUUGCACUGGGGCUUGCGUUGUUAGGGUUUUCGGCUGAGCUCUGCCAAUUUAGGGUUGUUGUGUGACUUGCUGCAUUUUCAACGCGUAUCGAAACUUCGUUGAGGGGAGAUGAGCAGGAUGGCCGGAAGAAAUAGAAUUCGAUCUCUUAUACGUCUUGUGUCAGUGAUUUUUUUCCUUACCGUCCUGCGUCAAUCGGGUUACAUACCGCAUGUGCCUUCGGGCAAAUUUCACCUAGAAGGGGAUAGUUUGUACACAUCGGGACUCUAUGGCGGUAGGGAGGGGGCUUUUAGGCUAUUGCUGGGUGUGGAAGGUGAAAAUCUUGACUUCCGAUCGAGGGAGUGGAAACUUACAACGGGAAACAUAAGGGAGACCUCGGCGGAGAGAAUUUCGAAUGUAGGAGGCAGCAAAUUGAAUGGCGGUCCUCAGCACAGUGAGCCAGUGGAUGUAGGAGCGUCUUCAAACUUGCACAAUACAUCAGUUCGUGUAGACUUUGAGACUACAUUGAAGGACACUUUCAAGGCUUGUGUCAAUGUGAAAGCCCAUGUAGGGUACCCGGACUCCUGCUCCUAUGUGCGAGCUAAUCCCGAGUGCCACUCCGGGACGAUGAUUGAAUACACUGAGCAGUUCUACUGCACUUUUGGAAAGUUUCCACUUAUCGGGUACGUGAUGUACUUCGUGUGGUUAAUGGCGCUAUUUUACAUGCUUGGGAACACUGCAGCUGACUUCUUCUGCUCUUCGUUGGAGAAAUUAUCCAAACUGCUGCAUCUUCCACCCACUGUGGCUGGGGUUUCGCUUCUGCCCUUGGGUAAUGGAGCUCCAGACGUCUUUGCUAGCAUUGCUGCAUUUACAGGAUCGAGUAAUGGCCAGGUAGGGUUGAAUAGCGUCCUUGGGGGCGCGAUGUUUGUGACAUCCGUCGUAGCAGGAUCAGUUGCGCUCGUGGUCUCUAGCGUGCAUGGUGCUGGGACGUUACACCUGGAUCGCAACUGCUUCCUCAGGGACGUUGGGUUUUUCAUGGUUACUCUGGUGUCUCUCCUGCUGAUCAUAGUUAUCGGGAAACUACACUUGUGGGGGGCAUUUGUGUACAUCUCCAUAUAUUUGGUGUAUGGUUUUAUGGUUGCAGCAGGAGAGGUUAUUAAGACUCAAGAUCGCAGAAAACGUCAACCAUCGUACGCUUUGGAGCCGCUAAUUUUAAGUUCAAAUUCCCUCGCUGACGAGGAAGGAUCAGGUUCUUUCGGUGAAGAGACCAUGACGGAGAACACCCUACCUCAGUGGAUGUGGACGUCCAACGUUGCCAUCUAUUCCCACAAGGGCUUGGCCACAUUGGAGGGUUCUUCUCGUCCUUUGUGGGGCUGGAGCGAGCAAGAAGAAGCCGAGAUACAGGCACAGAGAUCUCCCCGAAGGCUUUGCUGGCAGCUCAUGUGGAUGCCCCUCAUCCUGCCCCGACGCUUGACUAUACCUGUGGUUGAAGAUUCGCGCUGGUCCCGUCCCUUCGCAAUCGGAAGUGCAAUUUUAGCACCCACUCUGUUGGCGGCAGUCUGGGAUGGAAACGACGGCCAUCCAUUUGGUAUCAGUUCCAACGUUUACAUCUUUGGCCUCACUCUAGGUGCAUUUCUGGGACUCGUCUCUUAUUUCACCAUAAAAGCAGAGCAUCCACCUCGACGGUUCUUAUUCCCUUGGGCGUUUGGUGGAUUUAUCAUGAGUAUCGUUUGGUUCUAUCUCAUCGCAAACGAGCUUGUUGCAGCGCUGGUAGCCUUAGGUGUCCUAUUGGAGAUUGAUGCAGCAAUCCUUGGCUUAACUGUCCUAGCUUGGGGGAAUUCAAUUGGAGACCUCAUGUCAAAUAUUGCUCUUUCUUUCAAUGGCAACGAUGGAGUGCAGAUUGCGGUCUCAGGUUGUUACGCAGGUCCGAUGUUCAACACCCUGGUUGGUCUGGGGUUAUCUUUUCUAUUCGCGAGCUGGAAGUCCUAUCCUGCAGCAUUCGUCAUUCCAACUGACUACAGCUUGUUCUACACCAUUGGAUUUUUGUAUGUUGGUUUAUUGUGGGCGAUGUUCAUAUUACCAAUGCGGGGAAUGACUCUUAGCAAAGGAUUUGGGAUUGGCCUACUAGUUCUGUACGCAUCUUUUCUUUCUUUACGAUUGGCUAAUGUAACUGGGCUUGUUUCCCUGCCUGGUCUUGGUACUGAGUUUGGGUCGUUUCUUCUAACUCGGUAAUAGUGAUGUGGGCUGUCAGUGUAGAGUAUUUUUUUGUUUUUUUGUACAGUGGUAGUUGGAAGCUGGCAAACAGUUUUGAAAGCCGUUGCAGAUCAUCUUUCUAAGCGUGGGCCAUCGAAACAUUUUGGAGUAUUGAUGGAUGAAUGAAUGGAUCUAUUAAAAUUCCCUACUACAAAAUUUCUCCAUUAUUUCUUUUA